AUGGUGAACCUGUCCCCCGCCAAGCUCGUCCUGCUGGCCGCGCACUACGCCGUCGAGGCCAACAUCCCCGGCCUAACUGUCCUCGCCACCCGGCAUGGCAACGUCCUGCGCUCCGACCUGCUGCUGCGCAUCUUGCUGACCUACCUGCCCGAGACGCUGCCGUCGAGCAAAUAUGUCGACCUAAUUCGUCAGAUCGAGACUCGAUCUUUUCCCGACCUUUCCGACGAUGUCGUCGACCCUUCCCCUGUGGAGGGGUUUACUGAGCAAGAGGCCAAGAAGAGGGUCAGAAAACUGAAGUUGCUGCCAUUGACGGCGCCUGAGGGACUGGAGGAGGCUGGGUUGGACUAUGAGGUUGCCGCCAGCCUGCUGCUGUCACAGACCGGCGUCCGCGAGGGCGACCUGCAUCUCGUUGGACGGGAUCUCAGGGGGCUCAUAUCCCCUUGGUUGUUUGAUGAGAGGAGAUGGAGGAAGGCUGGCUCAAACCAGGAGAGCACAGAACUCUGCCCUGGCUGGGGCGAGGUCCUGCACUGGUUGACCAUUCAGGCAUCCAAGGACUGGAAGGUCGCCGUGAGCGCAUUUCAGCGUUGGGACGGGCCUCGGGAUGCUGACCUCGCGGGAUGGGGCUCUCCUCAGCUGACCGAUGACCAGCGCGCAUACCUUGAGGAGGGUUAUGCGCGUGCUGCGUUGGCAUCAGCCUACCUUAUCCCUGAAGCGACCCUUGAGGCUCUCGAUGGGGCUUACAUCCUCCUCUCUCGCGCAGCAACCCUGCACAACCUGGAGCCAGUUCCGCCUCUAUCGUCGGCAGUGUCUCUGCUCCCUCCUCUGACGGAGCAAAUACCCAACGAACUUAUGUCUGCGCGCAACCUACUCUACAGUCGCAACGACCUGCUUAGCACAUCAAACCCCCUUACUGCGCCUACGGACGGGUCAGUAGCGCUGCUACAAGCUCUUGUGCUCAGCGCACACCUGCUUUCCAAGGCAGGCUGCCCUUGUACAGUGCGGAGAGCUGCAGAGCUAGCGCUACUGCAGGACGAGAGGGAGCAGAAGAAGGGGGUAUUGAGCUUAAUCCGGGCAAUCAGCAUGAAUGGCCCCAAGUCAGACGACAGGUACUGGAUCAAGGCUAGGAACGAGAUGCUCUGGCUUCGUGACUGGGGAGCUGAAGAUGGUUGGGGAGCAGCGGAGACGGCCCCGAGGGGUGUAUUUGGGCAGGUUAAGAAGGAAUUCUUGGAGGUUGAGUUUUUGAAGGCGCUGCUGGCCAGCACGAGGUACAACCUCGCUUGUAACAUCUAUGAGGAAUCUCCAGACCGUCCUCUGGACGAGAAGACACUCCAUGAUACCAUCUAUGCCACUGCCAUGGCCGCCUACGACAACUCUUCGAAUCCCAACCGCCAUCGCGGUGGUCUAAAGAAGUGUGACGAAAUAAUCAAAUCCUUCCCAAAGACCUUCCCCCCAUCGUCCCUCUCCGCAAAAAAGGUUGAAGCUCUCCUACAAGCAACCCAUUCCCUAAGUGACUACCGCCUCGUCCUCAAGCAAGGCGAGCCCUUCACCCCCGUCGUCCUCCGUGUCCACACAGACCCCAUCUUCAUCAUCGCCAAAAUCCUCGAGCAAAACCCCAAGUCCUACACCCAACUCCACACCCUCCUCGAUCUCGGCAACCGCAUGGUCGAAGCAGGCCUUACCGCCCCUAAAACCCCCUCCCCAUCGCAACCCAUCCCCGAUGAAGCCUCCCAACGCGCCCUCACCGAGCGAAGAAUCAUUUCUCUCUGCAUUGACGCCGCCCUGUCAGAAGAUGACUUUGAGACCGCCUACUCAUACGUCAUCAACCGUCUUUCUACUCCACCCCUCGUCCAAAUCGAAGAUAAUUACUCCUGGAAGGCUGCCCUUGAAGCAGGGAAGUACCGGCGAACAUCCCGCACCACGCUGCCCACGCAUCUGGGUAUGUCCUCUAGCGCGAACGUGGCGGUGCGGCAUCUCGAGCAGAGGAUCGAUUGCCUGGCUACCGCGUUGCGCAUCGCGCCCGCGGCGACCUUGCAAGAGAUAUUAAGUGCUUUUCGCCUGGCUGAGGAAGAACUUGACGCCUUGGUCAAGGAAGAGCAGGCGAAAGAAGAGGAGUGGGACGCCAAGGGGGAUGCGUUCCGUUCCCGCUCAGCCACUAAGUACAAACCCCCUCCCUCAGCUUCCUCGACCCGCUCAGCUCAACUCUCCAACACCGCACGACACCGUUCCACAGACGACGACGACUCCACAGCCCCAAUGUCCCUCUUCGACCUCUCUCGCGCCUCAAUGCUCUCUGCCCAACGCAACCUCUCCGCCUUGUCGGGUCUCCAACGCGCAGCCACCAGCUUAGCAGGUACACUCACGUCUAGCGGACGGAACUCCCCCGCCCCGGCACGCGAUACUGACAGUCCCAGGGGUAGUCUGGAUGUUGGGGCUGCUAUGCAGAAGCAGAUGUCUAAUGCGAGCGCUACUUCAGGGGGGAGUGAGUCCGGAGGAGGGCAGCAGCAGAAGAGGGUGAGGAAGAGGGAUCAGUUGAGGGAGGCGGCGGUGGGGACGUUGGUGUCGGGGGUUGGGUGGUUGGUAGGGGCGACUCCUCCGCCGAGGGAGCAGAGGGAUUGGUGA